AUGGGGAAAGAGCUAGCACAACAAUUAUCCGCCACGCAGUCAGAUGUGGCGAUUAUUGGCGGCGGCGCAGGCGGCGUUGCUGUUGUUCUACACCUUAUCGAACAAGCGAAGAAGGGGAGAUGCCUCGGCGAGAUUGUCAUUAUCGAGACGAGAGAUGUGCUGGGCCCCGGUCUUGCAUUUUCAACUGAUUGUCACGGAACGAUCCUGAACAUGCAUUCCGACACCAUGGGAAUUUACCACGGGAACCCGCGAGACUACACACAGUGGCGCGAGAGCCUGGAAGAUGGACCCUUUCCAUCUCGUGUCGACUACGGGAAAUAUCUCCAAGAACGCUGGAUCACAGCCAUAGAGGAGGCUCGUGUUCUUGGCCUCACCAUUACAGCCAUCCAAGCCAGUGCAACAGAUAUUGACAAGGCUGGGGAUACGGCAUAUAAAAUUACGCUCGACAACCAGACCACUCUCACUGCACACUCCGUCGUCCUUGCUCUGGGGAAUUUUACCGGGUCAGCAAACUCGCAUCUGCUUGGCAAGGCUGGCUACUUCCCCAACCCUUGGCCUACAACCCAGCUCAAGUCGAUCCCCCCCACUGCACACGUUCUCGUCGUUGGUUCAAGGCUCUCCGCCGUUGACGCCGCGCUGUACCUGUCAGAGAAUGGCCACCAAGGCGCCAUCACUUUCAUGUCCCGCAGCGGCAAGCUGCCCAGAGUACAGGGCGACCCGGUUCCCAACCCGCGUCGGUAUGCCCUGCACGAACUUGCGCGGCAGGUCGAGGGCAACCCCGACGAGAGUCUCUUGCGGCUUACGAGCUCCUUGAUGGACGAGAUUUCCAUGGCCACCAACGGCGACUGGAGUUGGAUGCUGGAAAGGGACUGCCCUAUGGAGCAGCUUGAGGCGGAUUUGAUGGCUGCCCAGGAGCAAAGAGUCCGCUGGCAAUCUAUCCUGAACGGCACUGCUCCCGUCAUUGAGAGAUAUUGGAACUCUCUUUCUUCAACGAGCCAGAAGCUAUUCAUGGAAAAGUUCAACAGUACUUGGAUGACAUACCGUCAUGCCAUGCCGAUAAAGAACGCCAAGCGUGUCCUGAAACUGCUUCAAAACUCUCAGCUUCAAGUCGUCCGAGGAGAUACAAUCUAUUGGGAUGGCAUGUUCAAAGCCGAGACCUCUGCGGGUGUCAUUGAGACCUGUUAUGUGAUUGAGGCUACCGGUCAGGAAUGCCACACCCAUCGCAUCAACUCUCCCUUGGUGCAAUCUGCCGUGCACAAGGGGCUAUUGACGCCGCACGCCGCCGGCGGAGUUGUCGUCGAUUUCCAGAGUCUACAAGCGUCGUCCAAAGGCCUCUACGUCAUGGGCUCACUCACCAGAGGCACCCAUUUCUACGUCAGUGCCACUGAUCGUGUGGCUGCACACGCGUCUCGCAUUGCCCAGUCGCUGACUGGUGAGCCGUUUUCUAUGCAUUUGCAUGCCGCCAUUUUUGUCGGUGGAAGCUUGGUCUCCCACCUCAUGGCCAGCAAGCUAGUGCCUGAGCUGAUUCACGCUGGCCACGUACCUUAUUUGUUCCUGGUGUCCUCGGCCGCCGCCGAGCCGGAGAAGCAAAAGGGUGGUGAGCUGUCCGACUUUCCCGAACUUGGCUUCUUUGAGAAUGAGCUGCUACAGGAGCAUGUCAUUCCUUACUUUGAGAAAAAGGAUGCCGAGGAUGCGAAAAGUCCUACACUGUGCCAAUUGGCUUCCAAGUACGGCAUUCUGGUCCAGCAGCUGCCUGCUGCCAUCGGCGACAAGUCAUUUUCUGAGAAAAUGGGCCAGCACCACAUUGAUAUGGGACUGUCGCUCGUCUCGAGCGACAGAUUCAGCGACAAUGCUCUUGGGUACUUUUCCAGUGGCAAGAAGCUGCUUCAUCUGUACUCGGAAAACCUGCCAUCCUAUCGCGGUGUCAUGUCCGCUGCGCGCGCCAUGAACAACAAGGAAAGCCACUUCAUCUAUUCUCUGCGCGAAAUGAAAAGAGGCGCAGCUCUGGGUCACGUCAUUGACAUUCGCAAGCAUGCCAUUGACUAUUCCAAGUCUACACUUGCUUGCAUGAACGACGUCUACGCCCUCGGCAUCGACAUGGCCAUGUGUGCCGUCGGGAAAAUUGCCCGGGCGGAGGACCUCGGUGCUGUGGUGGGCAACAUUGGCGGCGAAAACGACGCCGUGUCCUCCAAUCGGCCAUCGAAAGAAGAGGUGGAGGAGUAUGCCGCGAGCAUCGUGCAGAUACUCGUUGAUUCUUUUGCCUCGACGCAAAAGAGGGACGAUUUCCAGUCCCAUAUUCUAGGGGUUGUGAGGGAGUGGUCAGACAAGAAUUGCGCGUAG